AUGGCCUCUAAUCCAUCGUCGGCGCGGAACACGUUUUUCAAAGAGCUUAAACCGCGAUGUGUUGCCAUCAACAACCUCGCGAUACGGUCCUCGGAUAAGAAAGCUCGUUCCAACGACUUGAUCACAGUGACCGAAGAGCUUUCGAACCUGCUGGAAUCUCAGGUUAACCGAGAUGCAUCCGUGCUGGAUGAGAAACUGGCCGACUAUGUCUUCUUUCCGCUCUCCAACAUAUUGCGAAGCCAGCACGAGCAUUCCACCAGGAUGACGGAGCUCACGGUGAAAUGCCUAAGGAUCUUGAUUCAAGAUGGAUGGAGGAGCAAAAUACCUAAGGAGCUUUCACAGCAACUACUUAUUUUGAUCACCUUCAUCCUCGAUGGUGUACCUGGCAAGAAGAGAAGCGAGACCGUGCCUGAGGAAUUGAAGUUGGAAGCCUUCAGAGCACUCACCUCCCUGGUCAGAGCUACGGGAUCAUCAGCCUCUGGUGCAGCAUCUCUUGUGGAAGCUGAUUCGAUACCGGCACUCGGGCAUACGGUAACAGUUGUGCUGGGUGCGACCACCGAUGGCGUGACCCCAGACAUCCAGCUUGAGGCCCUGCUGUCUCUGGAGGCUCUGUUAAACGCGAUUAAGGACCCUGUUGCCGCAGCGACGUUUUUGCCCGGCACGGUAUCAUCCCUCAGCAGACUUUUGACACCACCGACAGCAUGGAAAACGCCCAAGAGGGUGCUCGUGAAAGGCAUUGAGGUGUUGAAAGUUGUCCUAGUCGGCGUAUUGGGUGACAUGAAGACGAUGGGGAUCGUGAAGAAGCAGAGCGAUGGCAGUAGUGAAACAAAAACAGAGGGUCAAGUCUUGACGGCCUCGUGGCUAAGGGCAACGGCUGACCAAGUCAAGCUUGCCCUUGCCAAUGUGUUCAAACUGCGCAGCCACGGCUCUGAAGACGUCCAAGUUGCGCUGGAAAGACUUUGCCUCGUAUUACUGGAUGAGUGCCACAAGUCACUAGCGACCUGCACGCCUAUUAUUGUCGAAUCCGCCAUGAUCCUUUCUUCGGAAAGCGACAACCAAUCGUUGCUGAGCUCGAGUUUGAAUACAAGCUUGUCAGACUUGGCCAGCAUAUUUCCGGAGCUCACUGAUACUAUCAAGAUGACAGUGUACAGUUGGGUAACCGCUCUACCACGGGUCAUGCAAUCAAGCGAUGAUGAGGUUAAGCGACAGGCAAUUCAUAAUCUACGGAAAGGACAGCGUUUCAUGAGCACGCUCCGAAUAGACUCAACAACCUUAAGUGACUCUCUGGCUGCAUCUCUGAGGGACAGCGUUACCGCCCUCAUUGCGUCAACCAGAUCAUCAAGUUAUCUGGCAGAGAUGACCUCCAGCGGAGUUGAGCUGAACAGCGGAGGUUUGGUGAGUGCAGGAGCCACUCAUACCUUCCAGCCAGUCUUGAUGUCUGAGGUAACCCAGACCUCUACACGACUGGAACUCGUAGGCCUCAUCGCCAAAAGCGGCUCCCUUCUCCAUCAAACAAGGCUGGCGGCGGAUAUGCUGGACUAUGUACGCGGGUCUACCGGCAACAACCAGAUCGCAUCGUAUUGGCUCGCAUUUGAGCUCGUGAAGUCUGGCUUGGCGCAAUCCUCGGACCUUGACGAUUUCCUGGACCUGAGCUCGAUCGCGUUGUUGACGGACGAACCCGAACACGCCUUGCAGGAAUUAUACACCUUCUCAGUUGCGGUCUUAGACUCAGCCGGCAAUGAAGAAGGACUGGACUGGAGAAUGAAAGCGUUGGCAUUGGAAGUGACCACUUUCGUGGCAUCAAGGAUGGGAGCUGACUUCCGCCCGGAGUUGAUUGAUGUCUUGUACCCCAUUGCGACCUUCUUAGGCUCUACGGUUCCCCAACUACGUGAGCAUUCUAUCGUCAGCCUUAACAGCAUAGCCGCUUCUUCUGGGUACUCCAACGUGGCCGACUUGAUCAUCGACAACGUCGACUAUAUGGUGAACUCCAUCUCCCUACGACUCGAUACAUUCGACAUUUCUCCGGCUUCGACUCAAGUUUUGCGUAUGAUGGUUAAGCUUACUGGCCCAAAGCUCAUUCCUUUCCUCGAUGAUGUCGUAGCAUCUAUAUUCGCGGCGCUUGACAACUAUCACGGCUAUCCGCUAUUCGUGGAGAAUCUUUUCAGCGUACUUGUAGAAAUAGUGCAUCAAGGUUCUGUAUCCGACCAGAUGCUACUGGGAGAUGAUUCUCGGGCUAGAUCAGAUCACCGCAAGCAGGUCCCACCGUUGGCUACAAUUCAGGACAUUGGCGAAAUCUUGGACCAGCGCUCAGAGAGGAAACGGAAACGGUUGGAAGAGAAGCACGAACAGACAGCCUCGAGCCAUCCAAAAACACCGUGGACGACUAGCAAGACUUCGCAUUUCCAAGAAGAAAAUGACGAGAAGGAAGAGACAGAUGAGCCAGGGCAGGCCGUUGAGGAAAACCCCGUGCCAAAAACCCCUACUUAUGCCCUGCUGUUACGAAUCACGAACCUGACUCAGCACUACUUGACCUCCCCGACCCCUACGUUACGGAAAUCACUCUUAGAUCUACUAACGAACGUCUGCCCGACUCUGUCGUCCGAUGAAGUCACCUUCCUUCCAUUGGUCAAUUCUUUAUGGCCAGUUUUGAUCUCUCGAUUGUAUGACCCGGAACCGUUUGUCGUGGUUUCAGCCUGUAAGGCCCUAUCCGCCUUGUGCGCGAGUGCCGGCGACUUCCUCAGCACCCGGUUCAAGACCGAAUGGUUCGAUGGUCUGGGGAAGUGGUGCAUAAGAGCGAAGUCCAAUGUCAAACAGGGGCCCGGGGCUGGGAGAGGUCAAAACAAAACGGGCAACAAGGGCGCGGGAGUCGCUUCGGGCUUGGUUAUACCCAUCCGCUCAAUGAACGCGAUGAAUGUGAAGGGCACAAGUCAAACAAGCGACGCGGUCACGUAUUCAGGUCUUGGGAAAUUCACUCAAGCCGCUCAAAUAUGGGAAGCGGUGCAGAAGCUGCUCGUGGCCCUGGUUUCGUUCGUCCGCGUCGAAGAUGAUGUUUUCGAACAGAUACUGGAUCUCUUAGCGGACAGUCUCGCGUCCAUGCCCGAAGCAAGAGAGGUGCUCGAAGUGGUGAAUGCGGAUGCCGUCUGGUUGAGGAUGUUUGAGAAGGGGCUUGUGGAAGUGCAUGCUCGUCCUGAAGGUGUUGGAAUGAAUUUUGCCGUAUUAUGA